CCGGGAGCCCAGGCUGGGAGCCGAGCGAGGCGCCGGGAGUCCGCCGGCCGAGACCGCGUAGGUGGUUCACUCCUGUGGCUCAAUAUUGAGAAGCUGAGAACGGAGAAGAGAGAAAACACGGCUCCUCCCAUCCGUCCUACACCACUUGUUUGGCUCUUCCUUGGAUGCAGACCUAUUCAUUGCAGAGUAGAGCCCGGCUACCAGGUUGUCUUUCUAAGAGGAAAAGGCCAAUGACGUCGGCGACCAGGUGUCAGUAUAAAGUGCCUGGUGUGGAGAAUGGCUCCUGUGAGGCCUGUUUGGAUGAGAAUCAUUGAGUUCACAAAAGGAAGCAGCUGGAGCAGCAAACACAGCUAGGGCUUUGGGACCAGUGUCUCUACAGACACGAAACAUUUGUGUUGCCUUUUUUUCAACUUCUUGAUUUUCCUGGAUCCAAAUUUUUAUGACAUUUGAGUUGGGCCUGCCCAAUGCAGGAGGUCAGAAUGCUGCUCCUCUGCCACGUGCUAGCUGUGACCAUCCUUCAGAUCUUGAUCUUCUCAGAAAACUGGGCGUUUGCCAAGAACAUUAACUUCUACAAUGUGAGGCCCCCUCUUGACCCCACACCAUUUCCAAACAGCUUCAAGUGUUUUACCUGCGAGAACGCAGGGGAUAAUUAUAAUUGCAAUCGCUGGGCGGAAGACAAGUGGUGUCCACAGGAUACACAGUAUUGUUUGACUGUCCACCACUUCACUAGCCACGGAAGAAGUACGUCCAUCACUAAAAAGUGUGCCUCUAAAAAUGAAUGCCACUUCGUGGGCUGCCGUCACAGCCAAGACUCGGAACACACGGAGUGCAGGUCUUGCUGUGAAGGGAUGAUCUGCAAUGUCGAGUUGCCGACUAACCACACGAACGCAGUCUUCGCUGUCAUGCACGCACAGAGGACAUCUGGCGGCAGUGUCCCCACGCCCUACCUCCUGGUGCUGGCUUGCCUCUUCAUGCUUCCCUUGCUAUGAUGUUACUGUUCCUAAGAGGGACAGAAACCAGCACUGUAAAGCACAAAGCAGACUGUGGACCCGUGACCUUGGGAGCCAAGGCCCAUCUUUCACUUGAUAAAGAGGAGAAAUUGGACCCCAAAGUAGAAGGCAGAGGUUUGCUUCACUGAAAUGCUCCUCCAUGAGGUCACAGCACUGAACAUGAGGACUUGGUAGGUGCCAAGAGGACUGCCUAACUUCCAGUGUCUAGGGCCACUGCACCCGUCACUUCUGUCAGAAGAUCCACCAGUAUUGUUGAUGGUUACAGUAGCUUGAUAAACCCUGACCUGACCGGACCUUCAUCUGGAAGGACUUUUUAACCUCAUGGACUCUCUCAGAGGCUGCUGGGUCAGACUCUCUGGCUUCCGUGAUUAGCUCAAAGCAUCUCUGUGAAAUUUGAUUCUUCUACCCAUGGGAAAGCCGUUUCUCUACUGUGUUAACUUCCCAUUAUUGUAACAAGUACCUGAGAUGAUCCACUUAUAAAAAACCACAUAUAGAUGGUUUGUUUGGGCUUGCGAUUUUGGAGACUGCAGUACGUACUGGUUUGAGGCUUGUGUUAGAGAGUGAAGAGCCAGUCACUCAUAGCAGAGACUUGAGAAGGAGAGAGAAUGGGUUGGAGAGAUGGUCACUAACUGAUCCACUAGAGGACCCAGGUUCGAUUCCCAGCACUCAUAUGGCAGUGCAUAACUGAUAACUCCAGUCCCAGGGGAUCCAAUGCCCUCUUCUGGCCUCUGAGUGCUGCAUACAUGCAGUACACAGAUAUAUUAUGUAUGGAUACACACUCAAUACACAAAAAUAAAAAUUUCUUUUUAAAAGGGUGAAGGAAGGAAAGAGAGAACAGGGAUGGGAGAGAAAGCGUGCACAUAGGUCUCUACAGUACCCUUCAAAGUCAUGUUCCCAAUGUCCUAAAACUUCCCACUAGUCCCAAUUCCCUAAAGGCUCAACCACCUCCUUAAUGGCACCAAUAGGCUGAGGACCAAAACUAUAACCUUGUAAUAGUCAAGAUUUAAACAAUGGUACCCACUAACCACCUGGUCAAUGAAAAAGGCAGCUGUGGGAGGGAAAUUUCCAGUUGAAAUUCUAUGAAUCUGAUUGCCAGUUAGGAGGUGGUUGAGGAUGGGGUGUAAAACUUUGACUUAUCUAGUGUAAUG